GCUGCCUAAAGACCCAGGCCCCAGCUCCUAAUGCUCACUACUUCCCCUGUAGGCAGGUGAUGCUCUUCCGGAAGAGUCCCCAAGAACUGCUGUGUGGGGCCAGCCUUAUCAGUGACCGGUGGGUCCUCACUGCUGCCCACUGCCUUCUGUACCCACCCUGGGACAAGAACUUCACCGAGAAUGACCUUCUGGUACGCAUUGGCAAGCAUUCCCGCACCAGGUAUGAGCGGAACAUUGAAAAGAUCUCCAUGCUGGAAAAGAUCUACAUCCACCCCAGAUACAAUUGGCGGGAGAACCUGGACCGUGACAUCGCCCUGCUGAAGCUCAAGAAACCCGUACCGUUUAGCGACUAUAUUCACCCUGUGUGCCUGCCAGACAAGCAGACAGCAGCCAG